CUGAAAUACUAUUUUGUUUAUGGCAUAAUAGAAUAAUUUCAUUGCAAAAGCUUCGUAUUGCUGUGCAAAGAAUACGAAUAUGGUGCGUUCUAAGGCUGCAUCAAAAAAGCAGCAGAAGCGCGGAAUUGAUUUUAAGAAAAUAAAGCGGAAGCUUGGAAGAAAAUUGCCACCCCCAAAAAAUGCUACAGAUACUCAAAUCAAAUCCAGAGCUAUUAUACUUCCUGAACAGAGUGUGGCAGCAGAAAAGACAGGUUUAGCUGUGAGCAAGAAAGGCUUGACGUUGAAAGAACUGCUUCAACAGACAUCCCACCACAAUGCCAAAGUUCGUAAAGGUAUUCUCUUGUAUUUGAGCUGAAGAAAAUUCUCUUAAGAGAUAUUUUGUUGGUGUUCAAGGUUCAUUUGUAGGCCCUUUUUAAGUAAAACUUUUUGUUUCAUUUGUGAGGAAGAAUUAAAAUUUUAGUCCCAUUG